AUGAUACGGAAUGGCCUAUCCGUCACCAGCCCUGCGAUAUGGAAUGGCCUACCAAUCACCAGCCAUGUAAUACAGAAUGGCAUAACCAUCACCAGCCCUGUUAUAAGGACUGACCUACCCAUCACCAGCCCUGAGAUACGGAAUGACCUACCCAUCACCAGCCCUGUAAUACGGAAUGGCCUAACCAUCACCAGCCCUGUAAUACGGAAUGGCCGAACCAUCACCAGCCCUGUAAUACGGAAUGGCCUAACCAUCACCAGCCCUGUGAUACGGAAUGACCUACCCAUCACCAGCCCUGAGAUACGGAAUGACAUACCCAUCACCAGCCCUGUGAUACGGAAUGACCAACCUAUGACCAGCCCUGUAAUACGGAAUGGCCUAACCAUCACCAGCCCUGUGAUACGGAAUGACCUACCCAUCACCAGCCCUGUUAUAAGGACUGACCUACCCAUCACCAGCCCUGAGAUACGGAAUGACCUACCCAUCACUAGCCCUGUAAUACGGAAUGGCCUAACCAUCACCAGCCCUGUAAUACGGAAUGGCCUAACCAUCACCAGCCCUGUAAUACGGAAUGGCCUAACCAUCACCAGCCCUGUGAUACGGAAUGACCUACCAAUCACCAGCCCUGAGAUACGGAAUGACAUACCCAUCACCAGCCCUGUGAUACGGAAUGACCAACCUAUGACCAGCCCUGUAAUACGGAAUGGCCUAACCAUCACCAGCCCUGUGACACGGAAUGACCUACCCAUCACCAGCCCUGAGAUACGGAAUGACAUACCCAUCACCAGCCCUGUGAUACGGAAUGACCAACCUAUGACCAGCCCUGCGAUACGGAAUGACCUACCCAUCACCAGCCCUGAGAUACGGAAUGACCAACCUAUCACCAGCCCUGUGAUACGGAAUGUCCUACCCAUCACCAGCCCUGUGGUACGGAAUGACAUACCCAUCACCACCCCUGAUAUACGAAAUGACCUACCAAUCACCAUCCCUGAUAUUCGGAAUUGCCUACCAAUCACCAUCCCUGUGAUACGGAAUGGCCUACCAAUCACCAACCAUGUGAUACGGAAUGGCCUACCCAUCACCAGCCCUGAUAUACGGAAUGACCUACCCAUCACCAUCCCUGUGAUAUGGAAUGACCUACCCAUCACCAGCCCUGUGAUAUGGAAUGACCAACCAAUCACCAGCCCUGAGAUACGGAAUGACCUACCCAUCACCAUCCCUGUGAUAUGGAAUGACCUACCCAUCACCAGCCCUGUGAUAUGGAAUGACCAACCAAUCACCAGCCCUGAUAUACGGAAUGACCUACCCAUCACCAUCCCUGUGAUAUGGAAUGACCUACCCAUCACCAGCCCUGUGAUAUGGAAUGACCAACCAAUCACCAGCCCUGAGAUACGGAAUGACCUACCCAUCACCAGCCCUGAGAUACGGAAUGGCAUACCCACCACCAGCCCUGUGAUACGGAAUGACCUACCCAUCACCAGCCCUGAUACAUGGAAUAAUUACCCAUCACCAGCCCUGAUAUACGGAAUGACCUACCCAUCACCAUCCCUCCCUGUGAUACGGAAUGGCCUACCCAUCACCAGCCCUGUGAUACGGAAUGGCCUACCCAUAACCAGCCCUGAUAUAUGGAAUGGCCUGCCCAUCACCAGCCCUGUGAUAUGGAAUGACAUACCCAUCACCAGCCCGGAUACUAGUAUACGAAAUGGCCUACCCAUCAUCAGCCCUGAUAAACGGAAUGAACUACCCAUCACCAUCCCUGUGAUACUGAAUGACCUACCCAUCACCAGCCCUGUGAUACGGAAUGACCUACCCAUCACCAGCCCUGAGAUACGGAAUGACCUAUCCAUCACCAGCCCUGUGAUACGGACUGGCCUACCUAUCAUCAUCCCUGAUAUACGGAAUGACCUACCAAUCACCAGCCCUGUGAUACGGAAAGAACUACCCAUCACCAUCCCUGAUAAACGGAAUGACCUACCCAUCAUAUGCCCUGUGAUACGGAAUGACCUAACCAUCAUCUGCCGUGUGAUACGGAAUGGCCUACCCAUCACCAGCCCUGUGAUACGGAAUGACAUACCUAUCACCAGCCCUGUGAUACGGAAUGGCCUACCUAUUACCAUCCCUGAUAUACGGAAUGACCUACCCAUCACCAUCCCUGAUAUACGGAAUGACCUAACCAUCAUCUGCCCUGUGAUACGGAAUGGCCUACCCAUCACCAGCCCUGUGAUACGGAAUGACCUAUCUAUCACCAUCCCUGAUAUACGGAAUGACCUACCAAUCACCAGCCCUGUGAUACGGAAUGACCUACCCAUCACCAUCCCUGAUAUACGGAAUGACCUACCCAUCACCAUCCCUGAUAUACGGAAUGACCUACCCAUCAUCUGCCCUGUGAUACGGAAUGGCCUACCCAUCACCAGCCCUGUGAUACGGAAUGGCCUAUCAAUCACCAUCCCUGAUAUACGGAAUGACCUACCAAUCACCAGCCCUGUGAUACGGAAUGACCUACCCAUCACCAUCCCUGAUAUACGGAAUGACAUACCCAUCAUCAGCCCUGUGAUACGGAAUGCCCUACCCAUCACCAGCCCUGUUAUACGGAAUGGCCUACCCAUCACCAGCCCUGCGAUACGGAAUGGCCUACCAAUCACCAGCCCUUUGAUACGGAAUGGCCUACCAAUCACCAGUCCUGUGAUACGGAAUGGCCUACCCAUCACGAGCCCUGUGAUACGGAAUGGCCUACCCAUCACCAGCCCUGUGAUACAGAAUGACCUACCAAUCACCAGCCCAGUGAUACGGAAUGACCUACCAAUCACCAGUCUUGUGAUACGGAAUGGCCUACCCAUCACCAGCAUUGUUUUAUGGAAUUACCUACCCAUCACCAGCCCUCUGAUACACAAUAGCCUGGUCGUCACCAUCCCUGCUAUAUAG